AUGGAGGCCAAGCAGGAGUCGUCACCUGUGUGGAGUCCGGCAUCCAACAAUGACACGGGAAAUACACCUCAGGUGCACUUCGAGGCCGGUGCGGUGGCCCAGAUCGUGUACAGUGGAGAGCAGUCAGACCGUGGUCAGCAGCAGGUUUUAUACGCUGCAGACGGAAGCUCCUACACCUCUGUUGAGUCCGCCGAACACACACUGGUUUACAUACACCCUGCCGAUGGAACACAGUUUACAGAUCAACCCCAAGUGGCUUACAUUCAGCAAGAUGGCACAACACAACAGGUGACUGUGUUGCUACCCAGCGGUCAGAAUAUGAACACCGCCAAUCUGCAUGUGUUAAGCAACGUCGCUGAUGGCCCACAGGCGAUCCUGGAACCCGUGCCACAGAGCCAACUUGCUGUGACUAAUGUGUCUCUCCCCAACAUGGCGGAGGCUUCGUCGAGUCCCCUGGGGGCCACGGAUUCCACUGUAGACUCAGAGGACGAGGAAGAAGACAAUGAUAGUGAUGAUUCUGACAUGGAUGACUGGGAACCCAGGACGCCCCAGCCGUUCACUCCCCAGAACCUCUGGUGUGAAGACUGUAAUAAUGCUAAUUCGGGCGCAUGUAUAAAACACGGUCCUCUGCACCCUAUCCUGAACCGCCCGGUGAUGUCCAAGGCUCGGGCCAGCCUUCCUCUCAUCCUGUAUAUCGACCGCUUCCUGGGCGGAGUCUUUACCAAGCGCCGUAUCCCCAAACGCACACAGUUCGGUCCUAUAGAGGGGCCGCUGGUGCGACAGAGUGAACUGCAGGACACGCACAUCCACCUGAAAUUAUACAUGCUAGACCCAGAGAAAGAGGGCGAGAGGGCGGAGGACCUCUGGUUCGACCUGUCUGAUGAGGAGCGAUGCAACUGGAUGAUGUUUGUCCGGCCGGCCCAGAACCACCUGGAGCAGAACCUGGUGGCUUAUCAGUACGGCUCGGACAUUUUUUACACCACCAUUAAGAACAUUCAGCCCAAACAGGAGCUUAAGGUGUGGUACGCUGCAUCAUAUGCUGAGUUUGUCAACCAAAAGGUUCAUGAUGUCACAGACGAAGAGAGAAAAGUUUUACGUGAACAGGAGAAGAACUGGCCGUGUUACGAGUGUAACAGACGGUUCAUGAGCUCGGAGCAGCUUCAACAACACUUAAACAUGCACGAUGACAAGCUGAACCUCAUCCAAAGGCCAAAGGGCCGUGGCCGAGGACGGGGCAGGAAACGAUUCUGUCCUGCAAGGCGACCAGGACGGCGUACCAAAUUCAUCUGCCCACAGACUCCUGUUGAGAGUGCUGACAAGACACAGGAGCUGUUGGCGUCUGUAGAUAAACUACCAUUUGAGGAAAGGACAGAUGGAGCUCUUAAUGGACUGAAGGUGGUGGAGAUGGCAGACGAAUCGAUGGAGACGGAGACUGAGGAAGGGCUUGAUACACCAGCGACUCACACUGAGGCACUGCAAGUCGAGGGAGAUUCUGUCUCCCCACCUCCGGCCACAGGGGUCCCGGGGUCUCCCAAAGAGGACCUGUGUCAGACCAGUCCCGUAGACCCCCACCUCACACCUCAGGACAUGAGGAGGGCGAGGAGGAUUAGGGUGGACUUGCAGAAUGCCGCUCUCCAGCAUCUAUUCAUCCGUAAGUCCUUUCGGCCCUUUAAAUGUCCCCAGUGCGGGAAAGCCUUCCGAGAUAAAGACAAGCUGGACCAGCACAUGCGGUACCACGGGCGGGACGGCUGCCGUCACAUGUGCCAUCAGUGCGGGAAGGGCUUUCUGACCAACGCUUCUCUUGAGGAUCACCUGCAGCUGCACUCCGACCAUCGCACAUACUCCUGUCUGUUCUGCGCCGAGUCCUAUGACAGAUUAGACCUGCUCAAAGUGCAUGUGGGGGUUCACCUGGUCAACGGCUGCUUUUCUUGUCCUUCCUGCAAGAAAACUUUCACAGACUUCAUACAGGUAAAGAAGCACGUGAGGAGUUUCCACUCAGAGAAGAUCUUCCAGUGUACGGAGUGUGAUAAAGCCUUCUGCAGACCUGACAAACUACGACUCCACAUGCUCCGCCACUCGGACCGCAAGGACUUCCUGUGCUCCACAUGUGGAAAACAGUUUAAGAGGAAGGAUAAACUACGGGAACACAUGCAGAGGAUGCACAACCCUGAACGCGAGGCCAAAAAGGCGGACCGCAUCCACCGCACCAAAGCUCUGAAACAGAAGGAGCCCACCACUGACUUUGAGAGCUUCAUGUUUAAAUGCAGACUCUGUAUGAUGGGCUUCAGGAGACGAGGGAUGCUGGUCAAUCAUCUGUCUAAACGACAUCCUGAGAUGCGAUUGGAGGAGGUUCCAGAGCUGACGCUGCCCAUCAUUAAACCCAACAGAGAUUACUUCUGCCAGUACUGUGAUAAGGUCUAUAAAAGUGCCAGUAAGAGGAAGGCGCACAUUUUGAAGAACCACCCUGGGGCAGAAUUGCCUCCCAGCAUCCGGAAGCUGCGUCCGGCCGGGCCGGGGGAGCCUGACCCCAUGCUGAGCACACACACCCAGCUGACGGGCACUAUCGCCACUGCGCCUGUGUGCUGCCCGCACUGUGCCAAACAGUACAGCAGCAAGACUAAGAUGGUCCAGCACAUUCGCAAGAAGCAUCCAGAAUAUCAGUACAACAGCAACAGCAUCCAGGCACCUCUGUCCACUACGGUCAUCAGCAGCACUCCUGCCGUCAUCUCAACGGACGGCACCACUACUGAGACUGUGGUGACGACCGACCUAUUGACACAGGCCAUGACGGAGCUUUCCCAGACCCUGACCACAGACUAUCGCACGGCACAAGGGGAUUUCCAGAGGAUCCAGUACAUCCCUGUGUCUCAGGCAGCUGGAGGCCUGUCUCAGCCACAGCACAUACAGCUGCAGGUGGUGCAGGUCGCCCCGGCGUCCUCUCCUCACUCGACUGUAGAUGUGAGUCAGUUACAUGACCCUCACAGUUACAGCCAGCACUCGAUUCAGGUUCAGCACAUACAGGUGUCUGAGCCCACAGGGACAGUGCAGGCCAAUGCACAGGUGUCAGAUCAGCCUCUAAGUCCCUCCUCUCAGCAAGCUGCACAGGAGCUAACCACUGCCCAGCUGACCCCUGUGACCCUGGCUCAGAGCCAGACUCUACAGACGUCCACUAAUCAGACUCAAGGUGCUGCACAGCACGCGUACCUUCCCAGCAACUGGAACUACAGGGGUUAUCCAUCUGAGAUCCAGAUGAUGGCUCUUCCUCACACUCAGUAUGUGAUCGCAGAGGCCAGCACCCCCGUCACCUCCGCCGUCAACAACAGUCAGGUCAAAACGACACACUAUGUCAUCUCAGACGGACAGUCGGAGCUGGAUGGGAAGCAGGUGAGCGUCCCGUCCACCGUAGCACAGGUUCACCCCGACCCGCUGGAGCAGCCCGCCGUCAGUCAGCAGACCACCACUCAGUACAUCAUCACCACCACCACCAAUGGGACGGGGGCCAGUGAAGUUCAUAUCACCAAACCCUGACACUGAAUCACACGUGAAAAAGCGCUCCGUUGUUUACCGAAGGGGGACAGAUCAAUUACUUUAAACGAGCAAACAGAUUUAUUUUUAUUUCCUUAAAGAGUAAAAAAUAAACUUAAAUAGUGAAGAUGUUUUUUAUAAAAUAUAUUCAGAACACUGGAGUGAAUAACUGUGUUUCUAGAGACCCAAAAAGACCCAUCCAUGUGUGAUUUCAGGAGCUCUCAAGAUUUUUAACCUGUGCCAUCCUGCCUCUUUUAUAUUAAUUUUGGCCUAAUUAGAUUGUUGUUCAUUUGUAUUAUUUUCUUAUUCAGUUAAUUUUCCUCUGAGUAGUGAGAGAGGUUUUCCUACCUGACUGAGACUGAGGAGAGACCUUUAAAAUAUUUUUAUUUAUUAAGUAAUUUCAUGUUUCCCACAAUAAAGGGGUCAAAUGCUGUGGAUUUUCACUUUCACUGGAUUUUGUUUGAAUAUAUUUGAAAUUCGUAAAGUAAAAUUCAGUGUCGCGACAAAGCCUGUAAAUCACCUUUAAAUCAUUUCACUCAGGCUCCGUUUUCAUGAAUGUUUUAAAAGAUCACGCUUGAAUUAGCCGGUGAAUCUUGUGAAAUAUCCCAUUUCAAACCCCCAAAAAAAUGAUUAAAUUAUUAUGAUUUGCAUAAAUCAUGUCGGGUAAACAGACUUCCGUUUCUUGAUACAAAACAGAAUGUCAUUUUCUUUUGGUUUUGGGGUGAAAAAUGAUCUUGUCAUAGCUACAUCUCAAGAUUCCAUUAUAAUUCAGGCAUUGAUAAGUUAAACAUCAAACAUCCAAUGCUCACAUCACCUUACUUCAGACAUGUGAUCGAAAGCAAAACCCAAAUCAACUUUUACUUACAAUAUAUUUGGUAUAUGGAAGGAUUCAAAAGCCAGAAUGAGGUUCAGUGAAGGUUAAACAAAUAAUUCCUCCACCAAUUCUCAAUCUGAUUCCUCAUUAUCCUGUGUAUCAUAAAAUGACUGGAGAAUUUUCAGAACUUGUGUGUAUUUCAUGUAACUUGUGCUUAUGGACAUAGUAGUAUUUAUUUGGGUUUUGCACAUCUGUCAGUGGAGCACUGCUGCAUCUUUAUAACCUGAAAAAGGGAAAUAUAUACAAUUGCCACUAUUUAUACUGAGACAACCUUGUACAAUGUAAAAAAAAAAAGUAUCUGUGCUAUGAUAUGUAUUGUUGUAAUUAUUGACGGUUAAUGUACAGUAAUGCGCCUCGUGUCUCUGAGUUGGUGUCUAUCUCCUAGUGAUGGAAAAUAAAUGAGUUUUGUACACUU